AUGGCCCCUAACAGUAUCGAGAGUGGGUGGACCCCCACAGGACAGCCGCCGGGGGGAGACACGCAGCCCAUGACAGUAUCGAGACCUGCCUGUUCCUAUGCCAGCCAGAGCACUCCCAGGCCCGUCUGCAGCCAGAACACAGGCGGUUCCGUGUGCUUGUCCUCAGGACCCAUUAGGAAUGAAUCCAGGCCUCGGUCCUGGCCUCCUCGCUGAGGCUGGACGCUCAGGCAUCCCCUUCAGCCCCUUUCUCUAGACCUUCCUGCUGAACAAACGAAAACAUCUCACAGCCCUGCAACAGCCAGGAGCUGCUGGUGGAGCUCCAUGCCCGGCCGCAGAGAGAGGAGGCGCCCUGGGCAGCCCGCCAGCACCCGGGCUCCCACAGCGGGCGUCUUCUUCGGCUCUAUUUUGAAAGCUGUUCUUUCCACAGUGCCUUUGACAAGAAUCGAUUUGAGUGAGCCAGCGUGUCAAUACAGGCUAGCACAGGACUGGCCUCAGGGCCACAUUGGGGCGGGCAGCAACCAGGCCCUGGCUGCAGCCCACACCGGCAAAAGCAUGGCCAGGCAGGAGGUGGGACCUGUGAGGUUGGCUACAGCGACCGUGGGCUCUGGGUUCGGGGCUCCUCAGUCCUGA